CGUGGGGGCGUGGUGUAUCAUGGGAAGCGAAGUUGUUUACAAAGCACUCGGAGGAAAGAAAGAAGAAAGAGACGAGAACUACAGAGACGCUGUUCUUCACACACACACACACACACACACAGAGGCGAACUUCUUAUCCGUCUGUGUUGUUUCACGCUCAGCCACGUGCACUGCGGAGUUAGCAGCACUUAGCACGAAUUAACGACGGACGAUGCGUUAGCUAGGUUAUCUCACUAAUGCUAAUGUUAGCUCCUCUUUGCUAACCGCGGAAACAAGCCGUAAACACGCGCGUGCAACGUCAGCGGCAGUGAUCGGCUAGUGAUGUCUGGAGCUGGAGGGAAGAUGCCGAAGUGUCCCUCCUCUGCUUCGAUGGGCUUCAGCUCGACCCCUCUGAAGAGCAGCGGCCGGGGGGAGGAUGUCCACGCACCCGGGGGCCUGGAAGACGGAGUCCUGUCCGACGACGAGGACACGUUCUCCCUGCUCUCCCCCAUCUACCACGACAGCUUUGAGAGUGAGGAGGAAGAAGACCUGGAGCUCAAUCCGGCUGAGGAGCCCUCAGCCCGGCAGAGCCUCAGGUCCGGACUCAGCGUCUCUCCAGUCAGGUGUGAGCUUCCAAAAAGACCCUUUGAGCAGAUGUUCAGUUCGGCCGUGCAGCCAGCAGCCUCACCUACUCUGAGUGCAUGGGAGAUGUGGCUGGUGAACAAAGCCAAAGAGGAUAGACUCAAACUGGAAAAGAAAGCAGAGGAGGAGGGCUUACUCAAAGAAAAAAAACAAGAAGAAGAAAGGAAGCGUCAACAGAAAAAGAUUGUCAUGGAAGAGAAGAUCCAAGAAUGGCUAACUAUGAAAAGAGAACAGGAGAAACAUGAGCAGCUUGUGAAACAGUGGAAAGAGGAGGAGGAGAUGCAGAGGCGGUUGGAAAAACAGAGGGAGGUUGAACAGAAAGCUCAGCAAAAGUACAAAGACUGGCUGCAGAAGAAGAACCGAGAAAAAGUAGAAAAAGAAAAGAAGGAGAAAGAGGAAGCUGCCCUGAAGGAGGAGCAGGAAAAAGAACGCCACAAGAGGGCAGAGGAGAAGUUUAAGGAAUGGGUGACGACGGCCAAUGAAAAAAGCAGAACAGUUCCCAAAUCACCUUGCUGCCCAACAAGUCCCUAUGAUAAAUCCUACCCAUCACCCAGCUUCUUUAAUCCCGUCCCGUGGAAGCCGAUUCACAACCCCCCUCCAGAGACGUCAGUGAAUAAGACCUCUGGGAAGAAAUCUCAGAAACAAAGAAACAACCAGCAAAGCACCAGGUCGACUUAUAGACAUAGAAAUGCGGUGAGUGCUGCACAGAUGCUGCCGGGAAGAUGACACAGCAGAGCGAUGCCUGUGACUAUGACACUGCAGCUUUGUUAAGUUCUACCACAGCUCCUGAAGUGACACCAUGGUGAGUCACAGCAGGAUUUCUGUUCUCUAAUAGGGCUGUGGUAAUCAAGACAUAUUUGUCCUGUUUAAGUUUUCAUUGUUGUGUUUGAUGUAUACACCGGAGCAAUUUGUUGCAUACAUUUAAUGUAAUAUUGUAUUUAUAAUAAUGAAUAUUCAGGUUUUAGUAUGUCUACAUGAUUUAAACAUGAUAUAACCCAAAAGAUGUUCUGUUACUUUAAUCCGCUUCCAUAUUCUAAGAUGGCUACACCCACAUCACUCUUUCUUUUUCUUGCACUGUGUAAAUUAACUCAGCUUGUUAUUGCAAUAAAUAGACUAUAAACAUCUCUCCCGGGCUCGU